GGACAGCGGGAGGGGGAGCAUAGGAGCGCAAUGGGCAGCAGGGCUGUGUCAGGGCUCCUGCCAGGGGUGGCCAUGGUCCUCCUGCUGCUGCAGAGCACACAGUCAGUCUACAUCCAGUACCAAGGCUUCCGGGUCCAGCUGGAAUCCAUUAAGAAGCUGAGUGACCUGGAGGCACAGUGGGCACCCAGCCCCCGCCUGCGGGUACAGAGCCUGCUGCCCACCGUGUGCCACCAUCCAGCUCUGCCCCUGGACCUCCAGCCUAUCUGUACCUCCCAGGAGGCUUCCAGCAUCUUCAAGACCUUGAGAACCAUCGCUAAUGACGACUGUGAGCUGUGUGUGAACGUCGCGUGUACUGGCUGCCUCUGAGAUGGCCCACCGAGGACACCCCAGCCUUCAGCCCACCACCUUGGCAGCCUCCCAUCCCCCUCCAUGCUCCAGCUGGGUCCCUGGCUACCAUGGUCAUCACCAGCCUCCCAGGGCCUGGACAGCUGGAUCUGGUGCAAAGCAAUUGGACACAGGGUUGGAGGGGCGGGCCCCUGAGGCAGCCCAGCUCCCAAAUAAAGAACGUACAAC